GUUCAAGAAGUCCUCGUCGUCCCAUGCCGAGCAAGCUGUCGACGCUGCUCCGAAGGUUUCGAAGCAGUCAAAGGUGCCGAAUUUGUGAGAUUUGAUGGAGGUUUACUUUCGCCCAAUCACUGAAGCUGAUAUUGAGAGUCUGAGACCUAGAGGUUUGCUUGAUUCCUUUGAUUCUUGCUUUUCAAUUCCUGUUCUUGAUAGUUUUUUAGAAUUGGAGAAGAAAGAUGCUAUAUUUAGUGGGAGUGAAGUGGGGGUGAGUUCAGAGGUAGUGAAAGAAGAGGAGGAUGAGGAGGAGAAACCUAUGGAAAUAGACAGUGUUGGGGGCUUAAGUACCGAUGCGAAUGAGGAUGAAAGCUCAUCUAUGAAUUGGGUUUUGGGUUCGAAGCAUAGAGAAAUUCUCACUACACUGCGGCCUACAAAGAAGCGAAAACUACUGGGAAGUGAUGCUGGCCUAGACCAGUUAUUGGUACUUCCGCACUGAGAGGGUUCUGCUCGCUGUCAUGUUUGUUGUUUAGGGGAGAGUGGAGGAAAAUCGAACAAAAUUAUUUCGUGUAGUUCAUGUGCAUUAUUUGGCCUACUCCAGUGCAAGGAUCCCAAGGCUAAAUUACUUCCAGGAACAGCAGUCCAGUACUCUGUUGUUGAUGAGAAGUGGGUGUGUUCUUGGUGUAAGCACGUGGAGGAAACGUGGGAUGAUAAGAGAGGAAACGAAUGUUUGAGGCCUCGCAUUCUCUGCCCGAAGGAAGGUGGUGCUCUGAAACCAGUUGGCGGGGAUCUUAACAAUGAAGGGAAAAAGAAGUUUGCACACUUGUUCUGCAGUCUAUGGACACCUCAUGUCUAUGUGGAGGAUACUAAGACGAUGGAGCCAGCUGUGAAUAUUGUGGAUGUUAGGGAGAUGAAGACAAAGAUGGUUUGUAACGUGUGCAAGGUGAAACAUGGUGUGUGUGUCCGUUGUAGCUCCGGUAAGUUUCUGUUGACUGCUCUCCUUUUGCCAUACCAUUAGAAAGAUUAGAGGUCCAUUGUUAUCAACAUGGUGUAGGUACAUUCAUCUUGAUGUGUUGCAGCACGCAAAUUUUUGUUAAAAUUUGCUGCCACGAAUGCAUUAUACCUUUGGUUUUGAUGCUACAAUGUUUUUAUACUUUCUUUUGUAAGAUAUAAUCCUUAAGUUCAAGGUCAAAUCCCUUUUUUAUGUGCUAGGCGUUAUUUUAGUGCUUGAUGCUUAAAACCAAGUCUGUCAUUGUGAUUUUUAUGCUCUAGCAACAAGCUUGAAGAAAAUCUUCACCCUAAUCUUCAGGUUGUCAUAUUUCUGUUUCCAACCUUAAGCACAUUGCCUAGAGUUUGGAUGCCAUUCAUGAAUCAAUGUUCCGUUCAUGAACUCCCAUGACAUGUUUGCUCUUCAGUUUUCUACUUCAUUUUUCUCACCUCAUGGCCAACUACUCUGAGUCCCCCAUGGCCAC